CCUUCCGUGCCUGUUCCCCCUUCCUUUGCUCCGCCUCUCCGCCCCCCCCCAUCCCCCCCCUUGCCUCUCUCCCUUCGCCCCUCCAGCCCUGAUGCAGCAAUCCAGCGACACCCCCGCCGCGUCGGCGUCCGGCGUGGCCGGCGCCCUCGACACCAAGUCCAUCUACCGUUCACUGCGGCAGGUGGAGCGCCUGACCGCGCGGCUCGGGUCCGGCGGCGACGAGGACCCGGCCCCGGCCGGGAAGCGCCCCAAGUCCGUGACGUCCGUCCUGGCGUCCCAUGACUUCGGCUUCCUGUCGGCCACGAACCCGGCCUUCCGCCAGGCGGCCCAGGCGGCCAACGACCAAGCCACCGGGCUCCUGUCCAGCCUGGUGUCCCUGCAGGCGGACUUGCUGUCCCGGCUGGCCGAUGCCGGGGCCGUCGGCACCUCGGCUCGGGACCUGGUUGAUCGCUGCCAGGCCGGCACCUUCACCGACAUGGAUGACGUGCGGGAUGGGUUUGCCGUGGUCGGCGACGUGACGGACUCCCUGCUGGAGUGGGGCCACACCGUGAUGGAGGCCCUCAAUGUGGAGGGCGGCCUGGCCCCGGACACCCCGCUGACCGGGGCCGCUGGCGCCAUCGCCCGCGGCAAGCAGGCGGCCGCCGGCGGCGAUGCCGUGGUUUCGUCCUUCCGUGUGGGCAACAGCCUGGACUACCGGCUCAUUCAUGGGCAAAACAUUUCCCCCCCCCAGCAGACCUUCCCCGACAAGGUGGACAACUCCCAGGCCACCUUUGUGCCGAGCCUGCUGGCCAAGCCCCACUCGCUGGCUCCCUUCGACCGGGCCGAGUACCUCGCUUCCGGUGUGAGCAAGAACUCUCAGCUGUUCGACUGCCGGGAUAUGAUCAAGGAGCACUAUGAGAAGCUCGGCAUCGAUUCCUCGCUCUUCAGCUUCCUUCUGCCGCAGGAGACCAUCGAGUACCCCCACCCGUACGCUGCCGAGAUCGAGGCCCUCCGUGCCACCCUCCCCACCCUGCCCAUGGCCCCGGUCACCGAGCAGAUGUACCUGCCCAUGGAGAGCACCCCCCGGACGUGGGUCGACACGCCGGAGCUCUUGGAGGACAUGCGCCAGAAGUUGCUCCAAGUCCGGGAGAUCGCCGUGGAUCUGGAGCACCACAGCUACCGGUCCUUCCGGGGGUUCGUCUGCCUGAUGCAGAUCUCCACCCGGACCGAGGACUUCCUGGUGGACACGCUGGCCCUGCGCGGGCACCUGCAGGCGGCCCUCGGGGACAUCUUCGCCGACCCGUCCGUGGUCAAGGUCCUGCAUGGGGCCGAUUCCGACAUUGUCUGGCUCGAGCGGGACUUCGGCCUGUACAUUGUCAACCUCUUUGACACGGGCCAGGCGGCUCGGGUGCUGCAGCUGCCGCACUUUUCCCUGGCCCACCUGCUGAGCUCGGUGGUCGGUGUGUCGGCCGACAAGCGCUACCAGCUGGCCGACUGGCGCAUCCGUCCCCUGCCGCGCGAGAUGGCCCACUAUGCCCAGAUGGACACGCACUAUCUGCUCUUCAUUUGGGAUCGCCUGCGCAAUCAGCUGCUGGCCCGCAGCGGGUCCGGCACCGGGCAGCUCCUGCUGACGGCCAUGGCCCGGUCGUUGGAUGUCUCCCUCAAGCGCCACGCCACCGAGGCCUUUGACCCGGUGCUGGCCUUCAUGCAGGUGGCCGCCCGGACCCAGCGUCGGACCGCCCCCGGGGGUGCCCAUUCCGCCGAUGGGCUGUCCACCAAGCAGCGCGCCGUGGCUCGGGCUCUUUGCAUCUGGCGCGAGGGCAUUGCCCGGCAGGAGGACGAGAGCGUGCCCUAUAUUCUGCCCAACUCGCACCUUCUGCGCCUGGUGGCCACUCUGCCGGCCAAUGAUCGCCAGGGGGUCAUCAGCUGCUCGCACUCCUGCUCCCCGGCCGUCCGGGCCAAUGCCGAUGUCCUGGCUGCCCUGAUCCACACCGCCAUGGAGUCGGCCCCGGAGACUGCCAAUUUCCAUCUGCCUUUCUCGUCGGAGCUCCCGAGCGCCCCUAGCGACGAGAGCUCCUCCAGCUUGAUGAGCCAAUUCACUGCCACUGCCGACCUCCGGCCGUAUGAGGCCAAGCGCAAGGUGUCUCUCUUCGGCCCCACUCGCGAAAGCACCCUCCUCGGGCCGAACCACCGGCCGAUGGCCACGCCAGUCCUGCCCCCGACCGCCGACGCCCAGGCAGCCCUGGCACGCGCCCACCACAGCAUGGAGAACUCCCUCCUGGCCCCCGGCGCUCUGUCGCGUCUCCUCCCAGCCGGGGCCACCCUGAUCGUGGCCGAGGACAUUAACGGCGGCACAGAGCGCGCCCGGGCCGCCAUGGAGAAGGCCCACGACGAGGUGGCCGCCCUGGAGGCGGCGCGCGCCACGGCCAAGCCGGCUGCCGCUGGCGAUCUCGACGCCGAGGCCGGACCCGCGGCCGGCGACUUUGCUGCCAUCACCGCGGCCCCUGGGAACCGGCCGACCGUCCUGGCAGUCGGCCUGGCGGCCGGCGGCGGCCCGGUCGACCGGGCCCACACGAACGAGCGCAUGAAGACCCUCUCCGGGCGCAUGAUCAACCCGCUGAACAUCACCGCCGCCGGGGCCCAGCUGCAUGGCGGCGUGACCUCCUCGGCGGCCGGGGCCAGUGCGGCUGACCAGGCCCGGGCCGACUUCGAAAUGGCCCUCGAGUCGUCGGCCACCGUGCAGGGCGCCACCGCCAAGCUGGGCGCCGUGCUGACGGACGCCGAAAAGCGCGACGAGCGCCGGGCCCUGCACCGGAAGCUGGACGCCGUCACCAAGCCAGCCAAGGGCUCGGACAAUGGACCGAAGGGCGCCCGCUCCCAGAAGACCGUCCUCCAGCCGAGUUCCGGCAACCGCACCAUGUCCUUCCAGCAGUAGCCGCGCCCGGGGCACAUGUCCAGCCUGGCUGUCCGGCUGCUUCCCCCCUCUUCCUCCCUUUUCCCCCUUCGCCUCCCCCCUCUCUCCCCCUCCUCCCGCCCCGUCACACCUUUCUUGUGUGCACGCGCGUCCUGGCCCUCGGCCGGCAUAGAUGUCCCCCCCCCCCCUCCCCCCUCCCCUU